UCUCUCUCUCUCUCUCUCUUCUUACUACCAACACCCUUAAAUACAGCUCACACACGAUCACCUCUCUCUACAACCCACACUUUAACUUUGUACUUCUCACUUAACUCAAUUUCUAGUGAGAGAAAUUCAACUCAACUCAACUCAAACACAACCUCACUAAGCUAUGCCAAACACACUAGGCAAAAACCUCAACUUAUGUCUCUCCUUACUCAAACGCCCACAACACCCCCACCCCUUAAACACUAAUUACAACUCCCUUUACGAAGAUUUCGACUCCGUCCCUCCUCCCAUCACCACCACCUCCUACGUCUCCGCCUCUCCGUCCUCCGUCUCCACUGACUACAUGGAGACGGAGGACUACAACAUCUCUACUACUACUAAUAAUAAUAAUAAUACUGCGGCGGUAGGUCCUUCUACUCCGGACCUAACCGCCGCAUACGCCUCUCGUAGGUUUUUCAUUUCAUCCCCUGGUCGAUCAAACUCGAUUGUCGACUCUCUUUCUCUCUCCUCAUCAAAUUUAUUCUCCUCUCCAGUAGGGGAGGAAGCGGAAGCAGAAGCAGAGGACUCCUCCGCUUCCUCCCCUACAGCACGGGUGGCCGGGGGAGUACCCGUUCAGACCUACUCCCCCGACCCCUACGUAGACUUCAGGCGAUCCAUGCAGGAGAUGGUGGAGUCACGUGAUUUGGGUAACUUAGAAAUCAAAGAAGUUUGGGAAUAUUUACAAGAGUUGCUUUUGAGUUACUUGUCUUUGAAUCCUAAGAACACUCACAAGUACAUUGUUGGAGCUUUCACUGAUCUCGUUGUUAAUCUCAUGUCUACUCCCACUAAUCAUACUAUUAAUCAUCCUUCGUCGUCUUCGUCUUCUUCGUCUUUUUCCUCUAAUGGUGGUAUUAGGUAUGUAUUAUCAUAGGUUAUUAUUGUUAAUUACUAGCUAUGAUUAAUUAAAUCAUUCAAUGUAAUUAAUUAAUUAUGUCAUUAAUUAAUAUUUUUACUAGUGAGUACAUUAUUAU